CAGUCUCACUCCAAACUUGGCAGAGUGAGGAAAAGAAGCAGCCAUGGAGACGUUUCGCAAGUAUCUGGUUGCAGCAUUCGUAGCUCUGAAUCUCUUCAGUGUGUCCAUGGCGGCAACAGAGAAGAAGGAGGAGGUCCUGAAGAAUACUUACAUAGUACAUGUGUCAAAAUCCGAGAUGCCAGAAACUUUCGAGCACCAUUCAGCCUGGUACGAGUCGUCUCUCAAAUCAGUAUCAGCCUCAGCUGAAAUGCUCUAUACCUACGAUGCUGCGAUCCAUGGCUUUUCCACAAGAUUAACGCCCGAAGAAGCUCGAUUGCUCGAGAGCCAAUCUGGAAUCCUGGCAGUGCUACCAGAGACAAGGUACGAGUUGCACACGACUCGGACCCCUGAGUUUCUCGGGCUCGAUAAAGAAGCCGAGUUCUUCCCGGACUCAAGCGCGCCGGGCGAGGUGAUUGUCGGAGUUUUGGAUACCGGUGUUUGGCCGGAGAGCAAGAGCUUCGAUGAUACAGGACUAGGACCCAUCCCCAGUACCUGGAAAGGCGAAUGUGAAACAGGUACCAAUUUCACUACCUCAAGCUGUAACAGGAAAUUGAUUGGAGCGAGGUAUUUCUCAAAGGGCUACGAGGCUACCUUGGGUCCAAUCGACGAAAGGAGGGAGUCGAAAUCUCCGCGAGACGAUGAUGGCCAUGGGACUCAUACUGCGAGCACGGCUGCCGGAUCGGUGGUUCAGGCUGCAAGCCUCUUCGGGUACGCUGCUGGGACGGCGCGUGGGAUGGCCACGCGCGCCAGAGUCGCUGCCUAUAAGGUUUGCUGGGCGGGAGGCUGUUUCAGUUCUGAUAUAUUGGCGGCCAUCGAGAGGGCCGUCUCGGACAACGUCAAUGUCCUUUCCUUGUCGCUCGGAGGUGGGAUGACCGAUUAUUACAGAGACAGUGUGGCGAUCGGAUCUUUCGCUGCAAUGGAGAAAGGGAUUUUAGUCUCUUGCUCCGCAGGAAACGCGGGUCCCAAUGAGUACAGUCUCUCUAACGUAGCACCAUGGAUAACUACCGUAGGUGCAGGCACACUGGAUAGAGAUUUUCCUGCUUUUGUUAGUCUUGGCAAUGGUAAAAAUUAUUCAGGGGUAUCUCUUUACAGAGGUAACACUUUGCCAAAUUCUCCGAUUCCAAUUGUAUAUGCUGGAAAGGUCAGCCAUGCGUCAAAUGCGAAUUUGUGCAUGAUGGGUACAUUGAAGCAAGAAGAUGUUGCUGGCAAGAUAGUAUUGUGCGAACGUGGAGUUAGUGCUAGAGUGCAGAAAGGGGCAGUAGUUAAAUCCGCCGGAGGUUUGGGCAUGGUCUUGGCGAACACGGCCACUAACGGUGAAGAACUGGUGGCGGAUGCCCAUCUUCUGCCGGCGACGGCGGUGGGCGCGAAAGCUGGCGAAGCCAUUAAGAACUAUGUUCUUUCCGAUCCGAAGCCGACGGUCAGGAUAUUGUUCGAGGGAACCAAAGUUGGCAUCCAGCCGUCACCAGUUGUUGCGGCCUUUAGCUCCCGGGGUCCCAAUACCAUCACCCCGGACAUACUGAAGCCUGACUUCAUCGCGCCAGGUGUCAAUAUUCUAGCGGGAUGGUCAAAAGCAGUGGGUCCUACUGGAUUAGCCGUUGAUAGCAGGCGCGUGGAUUUCAACAUCAUAUCCGGCACAUCCAUGUCCUGCCCUCACGUGAGCGGCUUAGCGGCUUUGAUCAAAGCGGCUCACCCAGAAUGGAGCCCAGCCAUGAUUCGAUCGGCGCUCAUGACCACGGCUUACACAACUUACAAAGACGGGACGAAGUUGAAAGACAGUUCAACAGGAAAACCCUCCACACCGUUCGAUCACGGGGCAGGACACGUGGACCCCGUAGCAGCCAUUAAUCCAGGACUCGCCUAUGAUCUCACAGUAGAUGAUUAUCUAGACUUCCUUUGUGCGCUGAACUCCGCUGCACACGUCACCAUCUUGGCGAGGAGACAGUUCUCGUGCGACGCAAGCGAAAAAUACAGUGUGACCGCACUCAAUUACCCAUCAUUUGCGGUGGUCUUUCCAUCACUUGGUGGGACCAGUGUAGUUAAACACACGCGGACUCUUACAAACGUGGGGACCGCUGGAACAUACAAGGUGUCGGUGACGUCAGAUUCUCCCAACGUUAAAAUCUCAGUCGAACCAGAAGUGUUGGAUUUCAAGGAAAAGGAGAAAAAGUCGUACACGGUUACGUUCGCGUCAUCGGGUUCGACACCACAGACUCAGUUCGGAUUUGGUCGCUUAGCAUGGUCCGAUGGAAAGCACGUUGUGGGAAGCCCAAUCUCAUUUAGCUGGGGAGGAUAGGAAGUUCUGGAUUCUUUGUUCCAUAUUCUAUAAGAAGGUUGAUCAAAGGUUCAUCACUCACUCGAAGAGGAGUGUGCGUGGUGUGCUUGAUUGGCUAGCUUGUUAUAUUUGAAUCUGGAAAAAGAACUGUUAAGGUUUUAUGUUGUUCAGGUUAAACGGAGCUGGCAUGUUUGUUCCUGGGAGAAACGGCAACAUAUGUUUGGUUUUGGCCUAUGUUAUUGUCUUCCAGUGUACAUGUGAAUCUGCUGCCUUGCUAGUUAAUUCUGAUAUUGUAGUUAGCCCUUUAUUCUGUUUUUUGGAAGUCCAAAGCUCAAUGAAUAAAGAAAUGGGUUGGCUGAUA